ACUUAUUCAUCCCACAACCACCAAUGGCGAUGGAUUUCUAUAUUUACUUUUCUGUUCUUUAAUCUCUCUUUUGUUCUGGUUUUGGGUGCAACAAGAUCAGUUUUUUAUUUCUUGAUCACAGUCAUGGCGACGAGAAACAGAAAUGAGGUAUUCAGAAGGCACAGGAACACUCUGAACCAGAACCGCAUUCCAUUUACUUCCUCGUCGAAAGCAUUCGGAGGCGGCAGUCCGGUUAUCGAAAUGGCCACUUCUUCGUUUUUCAAUUCUCGCAGCUCUUACGCACCCCUGAGCACGGAGGAUCCCGGGCCUUCCACAUCCAGUUAUGAUGUGCAUACAGUGGGUUUAGCUCCAGUUUGGGUAGAUGUUUCAGAAGAAGUUGCAGCCAACAUAAACCAGACUCGAGAUAAAAUGGCUGAGUUGGUAAAGGCCCACGCAAAAGCUUUAACGCCAUCUUUCAUUGAUGGAAAAGGAGAUCAAUGUAGGAUAGAGGCUCUGACUCAAGAGAUUACAGAUUUAUUAAGGAAGUCAGAAAAGACACUGCAAAAUCUUUCUGCUGGCGGACGUUCUGAGGAUUCAACUGUCAAACGAAAUGUGCAGCGAUCUCUAGCUACAGACCUUCAGAACCUUUCAGUGGAUCUCCGGAAGAAGCAAUCAACAUAUCUUAAAUGCCUAAACCAGACUGAGGGACUUGAUGAGCUUGAUUGGGAGAUGAACUUGAAUGGAACAUCCUGUACUGUAGAUGAUGAAAUCUGUGGCCUGGGUUUUAAUGAACAUCAAAUGGCCAAGCUUAAGAAUAACAAGCAGUUUACAGAGGAUAGAGAAAAAGAGAUUAAACAGGCUAUGAAGUCAGUUAAUGAGCUUGCUCAAAUUAUGAAGGAUAUCUCAGUCCUUGUGAUUGACCAGGGCACAAUAGUUGAUAGGAUAGAUCACAACGUUCAAAGUGUUGUUGCAUCAGUUGAAGAAGGCACUAAACAGUUACGAAAGGCAAAGAGAAAUCAGAAGGAAGGGGGAAUGGUGAGAUGUGCAACAGUCCUUGUUAUCACGUGCUUCAUCUUGCUUAUCUUAUUAGUCCUUAAGGAGAUACUUGUAUGAUGUGAUUUGAUUUUGUCAUAGACAAUUAUUAUGCAAUGAACAGCUGAAAUUGAUGUAAUUCUCUGAUUGAGAAGGCAGUUUCUACACUUUAGGAAGAAUGCAAAACUGUUUCGGCCUAGGUUGAAUGUCAUUUUUCCAGAAAUUUGCAGAAAACUAAUGAAAGAAUUGAGUACAGACUCCAGAAUGGUAUAUGCAUGAUUAUACUAUGAGAACCAACACAGCUAGAACAAUGGUGAAUGCUGUGGAGACUACUGGCAUUCUGUAAGCCCUGCUGGGUAGUGUCACCGGAAGUGAGCAUUCCUCCCCAUUGAAGAAUACCUUACUGGGAAAACCAUCAAUGCGAGCUACAUUGAUCCCGGGAGUGUUCUUCUUCUUGAAAGAAAUCACUGAUUGCUGCGUUCCAGGAACAGGGGGAUCUCUCCUUGGAUUGUCUCCGUUUCUUUCUGCAAGAAGAUAGUUUAAUCCGGAACCACCUUGUAAAAACAGGGUGUUGCUGGAAUUAGUCAUGGGCUGUCCUUGGAAAGAGUACACCUUUUCGAAUCCCGGCAUGGCUUUUUCAAGCUGCAGAGCUGCAGACCAAUCAACAAUGUCGUCUUUCCCCCAAUUGAACAGCGUUAUCCUGGCCGUCCACCCGUCGUUGUAAUCGGUAAGCAGGUGCCAGUUAAUGCUGACUCCACAGUUAUCCCCGCAGGGCAGAGGAUUUGGCAGAUCACGGCGUUUUAGACCUGCGAACUCUAUGGCCUUUUCAGUUCUGUUGUCGAAUGGAACGAGAAGAGCAUCCGCCGGCAAAAGCAGGGCGGGCGCGGUGGCGCUACACACUUUGCCGGGAUUAGGUUUACAGCCGCAAGCGCAAGUGUUGCAGGGGAUAACGGAUUCGUUGAAGAAUGAGGAGAAAGAUACGCAACAUUUGGGGCUCUGAUCAUUGCCGGAGCGCGUGAUAUUGCACACCACUUGCCAGCUGGCCACCGCCGCGGUUUCUGAAGGCAGACCGCUGGGAUCAGGGAAGAGCGUGGGGCUCACUCUCACCGGCGGCCCGCACACGUAACCUUCGCCGCUAGAACUGCCGUUGAUUUUCCAGUUCUGCGGAGGAGUAAGCUCGCUUCUGUUAAGGUAUGGCGGCAUUUUGUAAACCUGCAUUACAAAAGCUGAUUUCGACAUGGCCGGAUCCAUGGCAGGCGGCAAGAUGGUCCCAUUUCGACAGCAGAAAGGAACCAAUCCAACAAUCGUGUCGUUGGUCUUUGCAAGAGGGAGAUCAAUGAUUGUCGGCCUUCUUUCACAGUUCAAAGCCUUGGAAAAAUCAAGACCCUGGUAAAAUUCGCCUUGCUUACCAAAAAUGCAGUCCGAUGUAUCCACCACCAAAGGAUAGGCGCCUCUCAUGGCGUUGAUGAACUCUUCCCUCAUCCAUUCCCAGCUCAAAUGCCAAUUGUCCAGACGCUUAAUGAGGUUGUUGUUCGAUAUGGUGAUCUGCGCCCAGUAAUUAGACUCGUAGGAGCUGGUCACAUCGUACAUUAUAGUGAGAUCACCCUCCUGACGAGUAAACAGGACAUGCAAAAUAAGACAGGACACAGAUGAAGUAUAUGUUUGGCGUCAAUCCAAUCAAGUUAGUUAAGUUGUUGGCUUGAGCACUACAAGGUUUCAAGUUCAACUCAGAGUGAAAACAGCCUAAUGACCUUGGAUUUGAAUCAGUCAGUUAUAAGCGAUCAAGGUUAUGUUGUUUGUUAUACCAAAUGAAUUUACCUAGAGAUGGUGUAGGAGAACACGAAAAGCCAUCAUUAACGAGAUAAAUGGAAGAAGGCAUUGGGAAAUCCGGAGGUGCAACGCCGAACUGGGUACCCACCAACUCCACCCUAGCUUGCAUCUGGUUGAAGUCUCCGGCGGUCUCCACCGCAGUCUUCAGGUUCUCCACGGGGUACCCGGCAAGAGUGGUGCCGUUGCUGACGUCAGCCGGGAAGGAACGGCCGUCAGCUAGCACCGCUCUGGGAGCAGAUACCAACAUUUCCUUGUUCUGGAACCCAACAAAGACCCGCCACGACUUGAGCUCUUCCAGGCCGUUGUUGAGGACGUUGAGGGUUGACUGGAACCGGUAGGGUUGGUCCUUCCGGUCCGACGGCGAGAGGGUGGGAGGGAUAACGAAGCCGGAGUCAUAGACGUAAGAAAGCAGUACGCCGUUGCAGACGUUGGAAGAAGGUUGAGACGACGUCGUUGGGAGUGAAAGGGCGAUCAAGAAGACAGAGAUGAUAGGAAGAAGAGUAGCAGCCAUGGUUGGCUAUGACUCUGAGCUCGAGGAAGACAACAUAAACAUACAAAGAGAUCGAUAAACGCUUGAUAUAAAAUAGCAGAUGAUCGCAACAGAUUCAUGUUUGAACUUUUCUGUUUCUUGCGGAAAUAAUAAUGCAUGGAAGUUUGGCGCCGGCA